GCCCCCGAGAUUACCCGACACACGAUUCGACGCUUCGACACACAGGACACAUCACUACCUUUUGCACGUUUUCACCACAUGUUCAUGAAGACAGUUAAACAAGCUGCAACUAAACUCCAAGAUCUUCAUUUGUGGUUUAACUCUGUGUCACCAACAUCCUUGUUGAAAACACUACAGCUACAGUUCCACAAGUACUGAAAGUGCUUUGCUUAAAAGAGAGACCUGGCAUCUGUGCAUCAGUACUACAAACACUGUAUGUGAUAAUACAGAAAACAAAAGGCACAAAGGACUGGCACGUCAACUUUUUAGAGAACUUAUGCAGAACAGUUGCCCCUUUUGCAAAUGAGCAGCACUCCACUGAGAUCAGUGAGAUUCUGUCAGUUGAACAGGUAGCUAAUAUUUUCAAAUCAGUGAUAACUUCAGUGCCUGAGGACAUACUGACAUCUGUAGAAAUGAUAAUUUUUGAAGCGCUGAAAAAGGUGGUGAGAAAUGUGAAAGAAUAUCUAACCAAACCAAACUCAGAAUGUAAGGGAAACGCAGUCUCAACUUUAGGCAAGAAGAAGAAAAAGAAGAAGAAGAAAAAGACAGAAAAGCAAGAAGACCUAAAUGAUAAAGUUUCCACUGCAACAACUGAUCCAACAGCAAAGGUUCCUGUUUUAGAAUCAACUUCAAAUCGAAAGCCUUUUGACUACAAGACCAAUAAAAAGUCAGAAAAACAAAACUGGCUUUCAAUCAGCAAGAGGUGGAAGGAGGAAGUGGAGAAACUCGCUGGCACAGAUGACAGUAAAAUAUCCAGAAUCAAAGGCAUUCUUUAUGUGAAUAAUGCAGACUUCAGAAUAGCGAAGGGAAGCGAUGGUACUGAAGUCUUCUUGGGGCUGAGAGAGGACGGCACAGAAGUUGCCAUUAAGAGAAUGUCUAAAAGCAACUAUGAAGUGCUGAAGAACGAAGAAGGAAUCCUACGACUCCCUGAACUCGAUCAUCCUUAUAUCGUACGAUAUGUUGAUGCUGCAGAGGAUGAGAACUUUGGAUAUCUUUGUCUGAAACUUUGUGAAUACACCCUGGAAGAAUAUAUCAAGAAUGAACGUGACCCACUGAUAUUAAAGAAACUUGUCAAACAAGUUCUUGAAAGUCUAAAGGUGCUUCACUGUGGAAAUCCUAAAAUUCUUCACCGAGAUCUCAAACCCCAGAACGUUUUGAUUGAUGUUACUGGGAGGGCAAGAUUAGCUGAUUUCAGCAUAAGCAGACGCUUACCCGAAGACCAAACAACUCUACGUACACGCAGGGCAGGAACCAGAUGCUGGAUGGCCCGAGAGACUUUAGCAGAAGAAUCUGUGAUAUCAUACAAGUCAAGCACAGACAUCCAGGUGGCAGGCAUGCUGAUCUAUUAUAUCCUCUCUGGAGGCCACCAUCCAUUUGCUGACUUGGACUUUAAAUCCUUUAAAUGUGAGUCAAACAUUUAUGAUGGGAAGUACAGUUUGGAUCAUGUUCAAGAUGUGGUGGCAAAGGAUCUCAUUGAGUGGAUGAUCAACAAAGAACCGAAGGACAGACCCAAAGUAGAAGAAUGCUUAAACCAUCCCUUCUUCUGGACUCCGAAAGAGAAGUUUGAAUAUUUGAGAGAGACCGGCAACAGAGAGGAGGUGGAAAACUGUCGAAAGGCUGAUGAAAAGCUGAUUGCUUCACUAGAAGCAUGUGCUAAUGGAUCCUUCAAACUGUGGAAAGAAAAGGUGAUUUACAGAUGAUGGGUCAAACUUAUGUAUUUCUAAGGCUACGUUCACA